AUGCCAAUUCAUUAUUAUUUAAAUAUUUUACACCGUUACCGCACAUACAGUGUUAUUGCUUCUGUUAUAAAAAACGCAAAUGUUGGGGAAUUAACAGAAAUUAAGGGCUGGGUGAAGAAUUUACGAGUUUAUAAAGAAGUUGUAUUUGCAGAUAUAAGCGAUGGGUCUUGCGCCAAAAAACUGCAAAUUGUAAUCCCUAAGCAUUUAAAGGCUGAUAAUUUGACGUACGGCAGUUCUGUUCAUAUCAUUGGUAAACUUUCCAAAAGUCCCAGAGGCCAACUAGAACUCACUGCAGAGGAUGUCAAUGUGCUAGGUCAGUGUGUUGUGUUAGAUGGAUAUCCAUUUAAUCCACGGACUACCCAUCCUCCGGAGUAUAUUCGUCAGUAUUUACAUUUACGUUCUAGGACUAAUUACAUCUCGGCUGUUCUAAGGAUACGUCAUGCUGUUACUAAGCAUAUACAUGACUUCUUUACCUCCAAUAGUUAUUUGUACAUUCAUACUCCAGUUUUAACAUCAAAUGACUGUGAAGGAGCAGGAGAAGUCUUUAAAGUUAUACCAGAUAACAAAGCUACUAUAAAAGCUAUGAGGCAACAGGAUAAAUGUGAUGAUGAUGUUUAUUUUGGAACUAAAACAUUUUUGACGGUAUCUGGUCAGUUGCAUCUUGAAGCAAUGUGCAGAGGACUUGGAAAUGUGUACACAUUAGGUCCAACAUUCCGUGCUGAAAACUCCCGGUCGCGAUUGCAUUUAUCAGAAUUCUACAUGUUAGAAGCAGAGUUGGCCUUCUGUGAUUGUCUAGAAGAGCUACAAAAAUUUAUUGAGGAUUUGUUAAAAUAUGUAUUCAUUGAAACUAGAAAUUCAAAUGAAGAUGAUCUUUAUUUAUUAGAUAAAGAAAAAAAACCUCCUUUGUGGUUAGAUAAGAACUUCGUAACACUGAGUUAUGAUGAAGCAAGAAAUAUACUCAAAAAGAAAGGCCUAAAUACUUCAGAAGAUGGAAUUAAUAAAGAACAAGAGCUGGCUCUUGUUGACCAUUGCAAUGGUGUCCCUGUUUUUAUAGUAAGAUGGCCAAAGGAGCAGAAAUCGUUUUAUAUGAAGGAGUCACAAGUUGAUAAUACUAAGGUUGAAGCAUUAGAUCUCUUGGCACCAAUUACUGGCGAAAUAGUUGGUGGCAGUCUCAGAGAAGAUGACUAUAAUAAAUUAAAAUCAAAACUACCCUCAGAAGCUUUGAAUUGGUAUCUGGAAUUAAGGAAAUUUGGAAACAUACCCACUGCAGGAUUUGGCUUGGGCUUAGAAAGAUUGUUACAAGUAUUGUGCAAUGUACCAAAUAUUAAAGAUACAUUGCCUUUUCCAAGAUGGCCACAUAACUGUGAUAUGUAG